AUGUCCUCAACCGUUCCCAACGUCGAUCCAAGAGAUCGAAUAACUCUUCAAUCCAACUUCUUCAAAAGAUUCCUAUCCCCCACGUGGACCACACCCGACGAAGAUGGUUCAUACUUUCUUGAUGUCGACCCUAUUCUCUUCGGACACAUCUUACAAUAUUUGAGACGAAACAUAUUUCCCAUUUUCUACGACGAUUUAAAGGGUCAUGAUGAGGCGAUGUACGUUGCACUUCAACAAGAGGCAGAUUACUUCGAUUUGAAAUCGUUGACGGAAUGGCUGAAAGGGAAGAAGUAUCUUCAGGUAGUUCAAACCAAGUAUACCGUUCAUGAAAUUCACAAUGGAGGAUCUGGAAGAAUCCCCGCUGGUGCAAAAUAUGAGUUUUAUCUGAAGUGGUCGAUGGAGAAAGUGUAUUUGUGUCCCAGGGGACAAAAUAACCACAAUGGGGAUCCAAGUGCAUGCAGCAGGAGUUGCAUGGCUCUCAGAGAUGUGAUCGGCCAACAAUGGGGAGAGAGGCAUAUUUUUGGAGGAGUCAUUCUGACAUAUGAAACAACUUUCAAUGAGGAUCUAUGCGUGGAUAAAUCCUGA